AGGGGGAGGAGUAACAGCUGACGAGUCCGCCAACCCGGAGCAGGGGAGGCGGAGCCCGAGCCCCGGAGCCGCCGCGGGCGCUGCCUGGGCUGUAGUUUCCCGGGAGAGAGGAGGAGGAGCGGAGCCAAGCGCAGCGCAGCCGGGAGCCCAGCUCCAGCCUCCCGCCAGGGGUUGCAAGUGUGGGAGCUUGAAACCAUUCCACUAUGGCUGUCCUUGGGCUAUUCUCUUUGCUGAUUCUGCAAAGUGUGGUGUUUGGGGCCACUCUCCCUGAUGAAACCAGUGUUGAAGUGUCAGUGAAUAUGUACAACCAUCUUCGAGCCAUUGGGGAAGAUGAAAAUAUUCUCUUCUCUCCAAUGAGCAUUGCCCUCGCAAUGGGAAUAAUGGAAUUUGGGGCUCAAGGGUCUACUCUGAAAGAAAUCCGCCACUCAAUGGACUAUGACAACUUGAAAACUGGUGAAGAAUUUUCUUUCUUGAAGGAUUUUUCUAAUAUGGUAACUGCUGAAGAGAGCCAAUAUGUGAUGAAAAUUGCCAAUUCCCUCUUUAUACAAAAUGGAUUUCAUGUCAGUGAUAAGUUUUUGCAAAUGAUGAAAAAAUACUUUAAUGCAGAAGUAAAUCAUGUGGACUUCAGUCAAAAUGUAGCUGUGGCCAACUACAUCAAUAAAUGGGUGGAGAAUAACACAAAUAAUCUGCUGAAAGAUUUGGUGUCCCCACGGGAUUUUGAUGCUGUCACUCACAUGGCCCUCAUCAAUGCUGUGUAUUUCAAGGGCAACUGGAAGUCACAGUUUAGACCUGAAAAUACCAGAACUUUUUCCUUCACUAAAGAUGAUGAAAGUGAGAUCCAAAUUCCAAUGAUGUAUCAACAAGGAGAAUUUUAUUAUGGGGAAUUUAGUGAUGGCUCCAAUGAGGCUGGUGGUAUCUACCAAGUCCUAGAAAUACCGUAUGAGGGCGAUGAGAUAAGCAUGAUGCUGGUAUUGUCAAGACAGGAAGUUCCACUGGCUACUCUAGAGCCGUUGGUCAAAGCACAACUGAUUGAAGAAUGGGCCAACUCUGUGAAGAAACAAAAAGUAGAAGUAUACUUGCCCAGGUUCACAGUGGAACAGGAAAUUGAUUUAAAAGACAUUUUGAAAGCUCUUGGAAUAACUGAAAUAUUCAUCAAAGAUGCAAAUUUGACCACCUUGUCUGAUAACAAAGAGAUAUUCCUUUCCAAAGCAAUUCACAAGUCCUUCAUAGAGGUUAAUGAAGAAGGCUCAGAAGCUGCUGCUGCCUCAGGAAUGAUUGCAAUUAGUAGGAUGGCUGUGCUAUAUCCUCAAGUUAUUGUUGACCAUCCAUUUUUCUUUCUUAUCAGGAACAGGAGAACCGGUACAAUCUUAUUCAUGGGACGAGUCAUGCAUCCUGAAACAAUGAACACAAGUGGACAUGAUUUUGAGGAACUUUAAAUUAUUUCAUUUGAGUAACAAGGAAAAUACUAGUGAAGCACAUUAUGUUUGCCACUGGUAUAUAUAUUUAAGAUUUGUGUUUUACAGUAAUACUUCAGUGUUUUAAGGGAAUAUUUAAAAUAGCUGUAGAUUGAAACUAUACGUAAAUUAUAAGUCAACAGUGUCAAGAAAUGUUAUCAGUAUUAAGGUGAUGGUCCUGUUAUGUUAUUGUGUUUGUUGUGAUGUUAUUUAAAAUAAAAGUACAUAUUGAACAUGUGAACAGUUUUUUUUUCAUUUUAGAAACUGUAGAAUACAGAUAGCUCUAGGUUAAAUUGGAGAACAAUGAUGUUUGUUACGAAAUCAUAGCACACUGGUACCACUAAGUAAAAAAGAUUUGACCCCUCAAAUCUUUCAUAAUUCUUCAGAAUCAAAGUUCAAAGUAAAUUAGCAUUAUACAUUAAUAUAUAACAAGUAAUAACGUGAAGCGAAGGCAGGUACUCCACAAAAAUCUCAUUGUCAUUUGUUUGAAAUCUGUGUAGAGGGUACAAUGGCUUGGAAACUGAAUAUCUUUUGUGUGGCUCCAGAACAAAACGAGAGAGAGAGAGAGAGAGAGAGAGAGAGAGAGACUAAUCCUGUAGACAUUUGCUAAUGUAUUUACCAUACUACUAUAGUUUUUAUUUAUUAUUAUUUUAGAGUGUACUGGUGUACAUCUAAGUAAUUUACUGUAAAGCAGUUUUACCAUUUAGAUGCCAGCAGUGACCUCAUACCUCUCCUGUUCACACUGCUGCUUGACUACAUCAAGAGGUCCUGUCCAGGGAUUGACCUGUGCCAUCCAGGCUGGUGCAAGAGCUCUCUGAAUUUCUCUUAAAGAUGAAAUUGUCUAAUGACAUAUUGCUCAGGACACACCUCAGAUGUUAAGCAACAUGUGACUAGACUAAUUCUUUAGGUAUGUUUCAUUUAUGGAAAAGUAGGUCAGUCACUGCUUCUAUUAGGUCAGUGCUUCUUAAAUUGGUGAUCUUAGUAGGCUUGAGUGGGGCUCAAGAUUGUGCAUUUCUGACAAGCUCCCAGUGAUGCCUUUGGUACCAAAACUGCACCUACCAUAGGUUUGCAUGUUUGAUAUUUCCAUAAAUGGAAACAGAAAGACUGUAUAAUUUUCAUAGAGGUUGGAGGGAUUCGGGAUGGGAUAGUACACUGCAUCAAUAAUGUAAUACACUGUUCUAUUACAUACUAAUGCUACAUGCAAAAUUCCUCAACAUAUCAGAACACUUGAAAUAUAUUCUCUAAAAAUAUGUAGAAAUUCAGAGGUGAUACGAAAGAAUGUAUGAAUGCCCAUGCACACAGUACUUAGCAAUGAAUCUUUACAGCUUGUAUUUUCAGAGAACAUAAAUUAUAUGAAUUUAUAAAUUUAUAAAUCUCAGAUUAUUAUAGAUUAGUGAUGUUGUUUCAUAUAUAAUUUAUGCAGGCUAGCAUUCUGAUUCAAUACUAAUAUUUUGAGUUUGUAAUAUUUUUCAUUAUUGUGUCACUGCUUGUUAAUCAUUGUACAUAUGACUAUCUGUAUGUUCACUGGCCAGCUUACUGUGUUACCUGAGAGGAAGAACGAAUGUCAUUAGACAAUCAUGCAGAUUUUAUAAAUUCCCAAAUACAAUUUUUACCAGUUGACAUAGGAUUAUCUACUAUUCAGAAUGUAUGUCUUUAAAUGUUUCAAUAAUUUAGAUGCCAUUUAAAUGAAAAUACAUAUUCCCUGUUAUUUGCACGCUUAUGGAAUGUUUACAAAUAAUAGUGAACAGUACCAUGGUUUUCCUUUGGCUUUCUUUGGUUUAUAAUUUCUUCAACAUUUACCUUUCUCUCAGAAAAGCAAUAUAGUGUAUUUCAGUUGCAUUUACUUUUAAAUGAAUGUUACUGCAUAAGCACAUACAUGCAUAGCAUGAACAGUUCACCAAAGCUUUGUGCUCUUUGAAUCUAUUUGAGGGAAUAACAAUAAUUAUAUAGAUUUCGCUUUUAUUUGAAAUCCCAAUUUUACCUUUUUGUGUAUGCAAUAGGCUGGAUUGAAUAAUUAAAAAGAAUAAAAUCUUACAGAUUUUGUCAUCACCACUAUACCAAGUAGUUGUUAGAAUCAGUCAUAGAAAUGUUUCUUUGAGUACUGAAAAUAGUUGUUUUAUGAAAACAAUGACAAUAAAGAGAAAACAUGGUGAAGAACAAC